GUACUGCCCAACUCUGAGUGACCAAGGCCAGAGACAGAGAAAAGAAGUAGAGAACCAUGAAGGUCCUACUUUUCCUCGCCCUGCUGGGGCUCUUGGCUGUGUGCCACUGCAGACAUAUUGGACAUGCUGUGGCUCGAAGGAGUGCCAAUAGUGACAGUAAUGAGUGGAAUAGAAAUGGUGGUGACAGCGAUGACAGUGACGAGUAUGGCAAGAGAUACAGCAAUGGGUACAAUGGGUAUGGUAAUUGGCAUGGUAAUGGUUACAACAAUGGCUACAGCAACGGAUAUGACAAUGGUUACGGCAAUGGUUAUGACAAUGGGCAUGGUAAUGGGCAUGAUAAUGGACAUGACUACACGCACAACAAUGGUUACGGCAAUGGAGAUGCCAAUGGGAAUGGCAAUGGGAACACUGACGACAGCAGCGACAGUGAUGAUAGUGACAGCAAUGAACCCAAUGGGAAUGGGAAUGGAGCUUGGAAUGGGAACAACAUUGGAGCUGGGAAUGGAGACUGGAACGGAUAUGGGAACAGUGAUGGGAAUGGACACGGAAAUGGCUAUGAUAACGGCAACGAGAAUGGACAUUGGAAUGGCAAUGGGAAUGGAGACGAGAAUGGACAUUGGAAUGGCAAUGGGAAUGGAGACGAGAAUGGACAUUGGAAUGGCAAUGGGAAUGGAGACGAGAAAGGACAUUGGAAUGGCAAUGGGAAUGGAGACGAGAAUGGACAUUGGAAUGGCAAUGGGAAUGGAGACAAGAAUGGACAUUGGAAUGGCAAUGGGAAUGGAGACAAGAAUGGACAUUGGAAUGGCAAUGGGAAUGGAGACGGAAAUGGACAUUGGAAUGGCAAUGGGAAUGGAGACGAGAAUGGACAUUGGAAUGGCAAUGGGAAUGGCGACGAGAAAGGACAUUGGAAUGGCAAUGGGAAUGGAGACGAGAAUGGACAUUGGAAUGGCAAUGGGAAUGGAGACGAGAAUGGACAUUGGAAUGGCAAUUGGAAUGGAGACAAGAAUGGACAUUGGAAUGGCAAUGGGAAUGGAGACGGAAAUGGACAUUGGAAUGGCAAUGGGAAUGGAGACGGAAAUGGACAUUGGAAUGGCAACGGGAAUGGAGAUGAGAAUGGACAUUGGAAUGGCCUCAGCAAUGGAGAUGCCAAUGGAUACUUGAAUGGUCAUGAGAAUGAAAUUGGGCAAGACAACGGGAAUGGCAAUGGGAAUGGAGACGGGAAUGGAGGUGCUGGAGUUGCCGAUUCCAGUGACUCCAGCGAUUCCAGUGAUUCCAGUGACUCCAGCGACUCCAGCGAUUCCAGCGAUUCCAGUGACUCCAGCGACUCCAGCGAUUCCAGUGACUCCAGCGAUUCUAGUGAUUCCAGUGACAGCAGUGACUCAAGUGACAGCAGUGACUCCAGUGAUAGCAGUGACUCAAGUAACUCCAGUGACAGCAGUGACUCCAGUGACAGCAGUGACUCCAGUGAUAGUGGUGACUCAAGUGACAGCAGUGACUCCAGUGACAGCAGUGACUCCAGUGACAGCAGUGACUCCAGUGAUAGCAGUGACUCCAGUGACAGCAGUGACUCCAGUGAUAGCAGUGAUUCUAGUGAUAGCGGUGACUCCAGUGACAGCAGUGACUCCAGUGACUCCAGUGACAGCAGUGACUCCAGUGAUAGCAGUGACUCCAACGACAGCAGUGACUCCAAAGAUAGCAGUGACUCCAGUGACAGCAAUGACUCCAGUGACUCUAGUGAUAGCAGUGAAGGCGAUGACUCCAGCGAUUCAAGUGAUUCUGAUUCCAGUGACUCUGAUAAUUCCAGUGACUCAGGUGAUUCCAGUGAUUCAAGUGACUCAGGUGAUUCCAGUGACUCAGGUGAUUCCAGUGACUCAGGUGAUUCCAGUGACUCCAGUGAUUCCGGUGACUCUAGUGACUCCGAUGAUUCCAGUGACUCUAGUGACUCAGAUGAUUCCAGUGACUCCAGUGAUUCCAGUGACUCCAGUGAUUCCAGUGAUUCCAGUGACUCCAGUGACUCCAGUGAUUCCAGCAAUUCCAAUGGAAACCGUAAUUCUGAAAAAUCAGCAAAGAAAUCGAAUGGCAAGAACUGAGAAAUGGUGAACGGUGAGAAACCAGCCAAAAGGUUGUUGUUUCUGAUCAUCUCAGCCCCUGUGUGCAGUUGUUAAUAGUCUGUGGUUGUUGUAUUAAGCAGCAGGUUUCCCAUGUUUACUGUUUAUGCUUCAUCCCGAAUGUGUCUGUCCAUUCUGAGAGUGUGACAACCCCUGUCCAAUAUUAUGGUAAUUUUGUCUGUGUAAAAUACAAUAAAUCGAUGUCUGUGUGA